AUGUCUAAAUCUGAAAUGAGCGGUAGCGACCUAUCGAUUUCUCCCGAUGAUGAUCAUCAUCUUGCUUUCCACUGGGAGGAUUUCAGCAACAAAUCUGAUAUUCAUGAUGUUAACGAUGAUUCUGAUGAUUCUGAUUUUGAUGACGACGAAGACUACAAGAUUGAGGAGGAGAGCUUUGAUGAUUUGUGCCCAUCGUUGCUGAAUCCUCCUGGAGCCCUGGGCGAUGUAAAGCAGGUCGGAUUGAAGAAGAUUCCAAUUGUGAAUGGUAAACUCAGUAGUGUACCUGAUGAUCAUGCCCAUUCUGCCACCGCCAGAUCAGAUCCUGAGAUUGUGGAUAAUGAUUUUGUGACUCGUGUUAGUAGUACUGCUCUCAAGUUCUUAUAA